AUGCAUGAUGUGUUGCUGAUGGAUCUAUCUAUUACUAUAGUGCCACAGAAGAACUCACGCUGCCAAGAAAGUGGUCAUUCUCAGGGUGGUGAAAUAUCCACAUAUUCAGGGCCAAACCUUCCUGAGGAUAUCUGGUGCCAUAUACACUCCCUAAUGCCACUGCGUGAUUCUGCCCGUUCUGCCUGUGUAUCUCGUAAAUUUUUAUGUUCUUGGAGAUGCCGCCCCAAUCUCACCUUCACUGAGGAAACACUAGGCUUGAAACAAAAUGCUUAUCGAAAGAGUGAUAGAACAAAGAAAUUCACUAGCAGAGUCGAUCACAUUCUGAAAAAUCACUCAGGCGUCAGCGUGAAGUCACUCAAGAUUGUAAUUGGUCACCAUCUUAAUGUGGACACUUGUCAUUUUAAUAGUUGGCUUCAGAAUUCUAUCACACCAGGGAUUGAAGAAGUCAUCCUUUUCCCACCUACAAAACAUAAGGCAGAGUACAACUUCCCUUGCUCACUUUUACUUGAUGGACGUGGAAACUCCAUUCGAUAUCUUUACAUCAACGAUUGUGCCUUCCGCCCCCCGGUUGGAUUUGAUUGCUUGAGGAGUCUGACAAAGCUGCAUCUGGAUCAUGUGCGUGUCACGGGGGAUGAAUUAGAGUGUCUUAUUUCUAGGUCUUUUGGUUUGGAGCAGUUGGAACUCCGCUCGUGCAUGGAGAUAAUCUGCCUGAAGAUACCAUUCUGGCUAGAUCGGCUCAGCUCGCUGACUGUGUCUUCAUGUGACAAGCUGCAAGUGAUUGAGAGCAGAGCUCCUAACCUCUCCACUGUUGAGUUGUACAUUGACCCAGUACAACUCUUACUUGGAGAAUCAUCACGAGUUAAGAACCUAAAUCUGGGCUUUUCACGGGAGGUCAACUGUGUCAGUUAUGCUAUUACCAAGCUUCCUUCAAUUGUGCCACAUCUUGAAACUCUUACCUUAUAUUCUGGUAGUGAGAGGGUUAACACACCAACGGUAGCAAACAAAUUCCUCCACCUCAAGUACUUGGAUAUUGGUCUUGCUGAUGAUGACGAUGAUGAGACUGCUUUCCGAGCUUAUGAUUAUUUGUCCUUGGUUUCGUUUCUGGAUGCUUCUCCUGUCUUGGAGACUUUCGUCUUGAGUGUGGAUCAGCUUGACAUGCAUCAUGAUUCAGUUUCUGGGGAUGUCGCCUCAUAUCUGAGGCAGAUUCCUGAACACAAGCAUGACAGGCUCAAGAAGGUGCAGAUCAAUGGCUUCUGCUCUGCAAAGAGCAUGGUUGAGUUAACAUGUCAUAUUCUCGAGAAUGCAUCAGCACUUGAAAAUCUUACACUGGACAGCAUAUUUUGUCAGCUGGAGGAUGCCGACGAUAUUGUUAGGUGCUCGGGUCGGAAAACUGGUGAGUGCUUUUCCAAAAGCAAGCAGAUGAUAGUGGAAGCACAUAAAGCACUCAAGGCCAUCGAAAGAUAUAUCUUGGAAAGAGUUCCAUCCACGGUUAAGUUAAAUAUUCGGGGGCCUUGUAUCCGGUGCCAUGCUAUAGAUGUCAAAUCACCGUGA